UGUGACCUCCUCUUUUCAUCCCUUUUUCUGUUUAUUUAGCUGCAAAAAAGUCUCCUUUUGGCCUAACUGGGAUGGAAAAAAAUUAUUGGAGGCUAGAAGAGAACUUGAAGUGACUCUUCAAGUUGCAAAGGGUCUAAAAUAGGCCCAAAAUAAAUGAGGUGGAUUUUUUUUAAGACAACGUAUCCACGCUAACUAAGAGGUACCAGAUGAGAAAUAGGGAAUAAUUCAGCUUGUCUGCUCUGCUGAGGUUUCAGGAGACAGUGAACCAGGUUUCCAUGGGCAGCAUGAGACACCGAAGAAAUGGCAAUUUUGAGAGUUCCAGGCUGCUCUAUUCCAGCAUGUCUCGCAGCAUAGACGUGGCUUGCAGCGAUGCUGAUUUGGCCAACUUCAUCCAAGAAAACUUUAAGAAGAGAGAAUGUGUCUUUUUUACCAAAGACACCAAGUCCAUGGGUAACUUAUGUAAAUGUGGAUACCCUGAAAAUCAGCACAUAGAGGGCACCCAGGUGAACACCACCGAAAAAUGGAACUACAAGAAGCACACCAAGGAGCUUCCUACUGAUGCCUUCGGGGACAUUCAGUUUGAAAACUUGGGAAAAAGAGGAAAGUACAUCCGCCUGUCGUGUGACACAGACUCUGAGACACUCUACGACCUCAUGACCCAGCACUGGCACCUGAAGACCCCAAACCUCGUCAUCUCCGUCACCGGCGGCGCCAAGAACUUCGCGCUCAAGCCCCGCAUGCGCAAGAUAUUCAGCAGGCUGAUCUACAUCGCCCAGUCCAAGGGAGCCUGGAUUUUCACCGGGGGAACGCACUACGGGCUGAUGAAGUACAUUGGGGAGGUGGUCAGAGACAACACCAUCAGCCGCAGCUCCGAGGAGAACGUGGUGGCCAUUGGCAUCGCGGCCUGGGGCAUGAUCUCCAACCGGGAGACCCUCAUCCGUACGGCCGACAGCGACGGGAGCUACGUGGCCCACUACAUCAUGGAUGACCUGAAGAGAGACCCCCUGUACUGCCUGGAUAACAACCACACCCAUCUGCUGCUGGUUGAUAACGGCACCCACGGGCACCCCACCAUCGAGGCCAAAGUGCGGACCCAGCUGGAGAAGUACAUUUCAGAGCGGGUUAUCCCAGAAUCUAAUUACGGUGGGAAGAUCCCAAUUGUGUGUUUUGCCCAAGGUGGUGGGAAGGAGACUUUGAAAUCCAUCAACGUGGCCAUCAAGAGCAAGAUUCCCUGCGUGGUGGUGGAAGGCUCUGGGCGCAUUGCUGAUGUCAUUGCCAGCCUGGUGGAGGCUGAGGGCACUCUUGCUUCCUCCUGUGUCAAGGAGAGCUUGCUCAGGUUCCUGCCUCGCACCAUUUCCAGGCUCUCGGAAGAGGAGACUGAGAGCUGGAUCAAGUGGAUCAAAGAAGUCCUUGAGAGCCCUCAUUUACUGACAGUGAUCAAAAUAGAAGAAGCUGGAGAUGAAAUUGUGAGCAAUGCCAUUUCCUUUGCCCUGUACAAAGCUUUCAGCACCAAUGAGCACGACAGGGACAACUGGAACGGGCAGCUGAAGCUGCUGCUGGAGUGGAACCAGCUGGACCUGGCCAGCGAUGAGAUCUUCACCAACGACCGGAACUGGGAGUCUGCUGACCUGCAGGAUGUGAUGUUCACAGCCCUGGUGAAAGACAGGCCCAAAUUUGUCCGGCUCUUCCUGGAGAACGGCUUGAAUCUGCGGAAGUUCCUGACCACAGAGGUCCUGAGGGAGCUGUACACCAACAACUUCAGCAGCCUGGUGUUCAAGAACCUGCAGAUUGCCAAGAACUCCUACAAUGAUGCCCUCCUUACCUUUGUUUGGAAGAUGGUGGAGGAUUUCCGGAGAGGUUUCAAAAGAUAUUACAAAAACAGCAAGGAUGAGAUGGAGAUACAGCUCUCAGAGGAGUGUCCUAUCACAAGGCACCCAUUGCAGGCUCUGUUUAUUUGGUCAGUUCUUCAGAACAAGAAGGAGCUGUCCAAAGUCAUUUGGGAGCAAACCAGAGGCUGCACUUUGGCAGCCCUGGGGGCCAGUAAGCUCCUGAAAAGCAUGGCCAAGGUGAAGAAUGAUAUAAAUGCUGCUGGUGAGUCAGAGGAACUGGCUAACGAGUAUGAGACAAGAGCAGUAGAGCUGUUCACCGAGUGCUACAGCAACGACGAAGACCUGGCUGAGCAGCUGCUGACUUAUUCCUGUGAAGCCUGGGGAGGGAGCAACUGUCUGGAGCUAGCAGUGGAGGCCAGAGACCAGCAGUUUAUUGCCCAGCCAGGUGUGCAGAAUUUCCUUUCCAAGCAGUGGUAUGGAGAGAUUUCAAGAGACACUAAGAACUGGAAGAUUAUACUGUGCCUGUUCUUUUUCCCUUUAAUAGGCUGUGGUUUCAUCUCAUUCAGGAAAAAGCCUGUGGAGAAGAGUAAGAAACUCUUCUUAUAUUAUGUGUCUUUCUUCACCUCCCCCUUUGUGGUCUUCUCCUGGAACGUCAUCUUCUACAUUGCUUUCCUGUUGCUCUUCGCCUACGUGUUGCUGAUGGAUUUCCAGAAGGAACCCACGGCCCUGGAGAUCAUCCUCUACGUGCUGGUCUUCAUUCUGCUUUGUGAUGAAGUGAGACAAUGGUACAUGAACGGCAGCAAGUAUUUCUCAGACCUGUGGAAUGUUAUGGAUACUCUUGCAAUCUUCUACUUCAUAGCAGGGAUUGUGUUCAGGCUUCACUCUGAUGAAAGCUCUUGGUAUUCCGGGAGAGUAAUUUUCUGUUUGGACUACAUAGUUUUUACCCUGAGGCUCAUCCAUAUUUUCACAGUUAGCAGGAAUCUAGGACCCAAAAUUAUUAUGCUGCAGAGGAUGAUGAUAGAUGUCUUCUUCUUCCUCUUCCUCUUUGCUGUGUGGAUGGUGGCCUUUGGUGUGGCCAGGCAAGGCAUCCUGAGGAAGAAUGAGCACCGCUGGGAGUGGAUCUUCCGCUCGGUCAUCUACGAGCCCUACCUGGCCAUGUUUGGCCAGUACCCUGAUGAUAUUGAUGGUACCACCUACAACUUUGACCACUGCACGUUUUCUGGGAACGAGUCCAAGCCCUUGUGCGUGGAGCUGGAUGCCAACAACCAGCCCCGCUUCCCCGAGUGGAUCACCAUUCCCCUGGUGUGCAUUUACAUGCUCUCCACCAACAUCCUCCUGGUGAACCUGCUCGUGGCCAUGUUCGGCUACACUGUAGGAUCGGUGCAGGAGAACAAUGACCAGGUGUGGAAGUUCCAGCGUUUUUUCCUGGUGCAAGAAUACUGCAGUCGCCUGACCAUCCCCUUCCCCUUUGUCAUCUUUGCCUACAUAUUCAUGGUGCUGAGGAAAUGUUUCAAGUGCUGCUGUAACAAAGAAAGCAAAGAGCCAUCCAUUUGUUGCUCAAGAAAUGAGGACAAUGAAAUCCUGGCAUGGGAAGCUGUCAUGAAGGAAAAUUACCUUGUCAAAAUCAAUACAAAAGCAAAUGAUUCAUCAGAAGAGAUGGUGCAUCGAUUUAGACAACUGGAUGCAAAGCUCUCUGAUUUGAAAGGCCUUCUGAAAGAGAUUUCCAGUAAAAUUAAAUGAGUGCAGCUGAAAUCCAAGAGCGGCUACUGGAGCAGGGUACCAAUUCAUGAAGAAAAUUGCUCGGAGCUGGCAGUAACCCCCAAGCAGAUGGCAACGGAGGCACCAGAGUAUCAAUGUCUCAGCAGGAGUCAGCAGGAUUUUCUUGCUAUUUUUAUUUUUGUUGAUCAAACAGCCCUUUCUGCUUGUUGCAAGGUUGUGGGGAAACAGGAGACGACUGCUCAUCUCCUGACAUGAUUCCUGCAUUACCCAAAUUCUUCCCAUCUGCCCUAAUGUCCAGUGGCAGCAAUUAGUCCUUGUAAGCUGACGUUGCAAAGCACUCCUAUUUCCAAGAGUUCUGCUACUGUUGCCAAAAUCCCUUUGCUUUUCCAUUUCACUCAAAGGGACCUGUGCAUGGGUUUCCUUCAUUUCCUUCAAGCACUAAUUGCUUGUCUGAAUGAAUCCAUCUCCAUUCCAUUCCAUCCUGUAGUACCUGGAUCUUGGUUGUUCCUUGCACAGGCUGUCUGUCAGACCUGCUGGGGUCUGGAAUGCUGGAGUGCCAGAAUGCAGUGGAUUUUGGAAUCAUCCCCCUGCGGAGAGCCUUUGGUCCAACCCUGCAUCCCAAUUUCAGACUGUAUAGGAACAUUCUGGACUUGUUCCCCCUCUACCUGGAACCUUUAAGCAGUGCAGAAGUUCAGCUAUUACAGCCCUGCAUGGGAGAGACAUUAAUUCAUCUAGGAAGUGUUUCCAAAGGCUUUGUGGGCAAUCCUUGCUUGGUUUCAUUAAUGAAAAUUUGUAUCCUGGGAAUGUUGGAACUCAUUUGACUUUUCCAAUGUUUGUUUGCUGAUGUUUGCCUCUGGAAUGGAGAAGAGAUUGUUGAAACAUUUAAAUAUGCUUGAUAUGGUGAGGUGGCGCUUUGUGCUUUCUGUCUAAAAUAGCAGCUGAAUUCUGUUGCAUUUGAUUGGUAUAACUGAGAGCACAGCCAUCUGAAGGCACUACAAAUAGCAUUUUUUUUCAUGGCAAAGCAUUGUACCAAUCUUCCUUCCCAGUGCCUAGGAAUCAUGGAAUCAUCGACUCGCCAGAGGAAAGGACCUGCAAGGAUCAUGGAGUCCAACCCCCCUGGCCCUGCACAGACAGCCCAACAGUCCCAGCCUGUGCAUCCCUGAGGGCGUUGUUCAAAUGUUCCUUGGGCUCUUGCAGCCUGGGGCUGUGCCCAUUCCCUGGGGAGCCUGGGCAGUGCCCAGCACCCUCUGGGGGAAGAACCUUUUCCUGAUCUCCCAGCAGACCCUCCCCUGACACAGCUCCAGCCACUCCCUCACGUGCUGUCCCGGCACAGAGAGCAGAGAUUGGAGCUGUCCCUCGGGAGGAAGAUCCCGGCCAUGCUGAGACCUCCUCCCUCUCCUCCUCUCCAAGCUGAAGAAGCCAGUUGACCUCAGCUGUUCCUCAUACAGUUUCCCCUCCUGUCCCGUCAUCAUCUUCAUGUCCCUCUUUGGAUACUCUCUGCUAGCUUUAUAUCCUUAUGAUAUGUUCAGAGAGGUUGCUGCUCUUUUCUCCCUGCAUCUCAUGACCAACUGUACUGUGUGCUGUGCAUGACAUGAUCCUGGGGGAUCCAGCACUAACAACAGCAGUGGUAUCUGUUUACAUGGGGAAAUAUUUCCUGCUGAAAAGUAAAGGAGCCAGGCUUUCACUGAUUCACAUGGCAGUUAGCUUGCAUCAUAAAUUCUAGAGAUAAGGUUCCUUUCUGGAAAUUAUUUUCCCCAUAUAAUUUGUCUGCCUUGGAUGUGAAAAUUGUGCUUUUUGUUCACUCCCAUCCUAUAUAAAACCUGUGGAAUCCUUGGAACCCUUCAGGAACAUCCCAAGGGCCUUGCCUUGGAAGAAUAUAUAAUAGAGUCUACACCUAGGUUGAAAGAGAAGACUUCUGCCAUGGAGCCUUGCAGCACUAUGAUCCACCCCAGUUCCUUCUCCCAUAUGUCCCAAAUUUGUGGUUUCUCCUUUCCCUGUUUCUUAAUUGGUUGUGGUAUCCCUGGUGGCCAGCCCUGUCUUCCCUGAAAGCCAAUCCCCUUUGCCCUGCCCUUGGUGCUGCCCCUGUUUGCCCACUGACCCCUACUUAACCUUGUGCAGACCACAGGGCCAGGUCUUUGUCCCUGUUCCCUUUGGCAUGGUGGAUGCAAUAAACCUUUGCUGG